UGUAUACUUUCAUGUAACACUCCCCUUGAUGAAGCAUGGCACUGAAUAUUGCAGUAACCCUUCUCAUAGCUACUGGAGUCACUAUCUUAAUUUAUCUCAUUAAAUGGUGGAACAAAAUACAACAAAAUAAUCUACCUCCAGGACCUACACCUCUACCCGUAGUGGGGAACAUUUUGCAGAUUGGUACUUCUGAACUACCACAAUCUUUAGUUAAGUUGGGUGAGAAGUAUGGACCUGUGUAUACCAUCUACCUUGCCAGUCAACGUGCACUCAUACUAAUUGGCUAUGAUGCGGUAAAGGAGGCGCUGGUCGACCACAGUGAUGUGUUCAGUAAUAGAGGGGAAGUCAAAUUAACAGAUCUGUUUUUUAAGGAUUACGGGGUUAUUAUGAGCAACGGAGAAAGAUGGAAGACAAUUCGUCGAUUUUCUCUUAUGACUUUGAGAAAUUUUGGAAUGGGUAAAAGGAGUAUUGAAGAGAGAAUUCAAGAAGAGGCCCGGUGUCUUACUGAGAGACUUAUGAGAACAAAAGACACUCCAAUGGAUUCAGUGGAUCUAGUGCGACUCGCUGUGUCUAAUGUUAUUUGCUCUGUUGUGUUUGGUGAGAGAUUUGACUACGAGGAUAAAAAGUUGCUGUCUCUGCUGUCACAUUUUCGAGAUUUUGUCAAGGUGUUCAACACUUUUUGGGGCCAGCUUCUCAACUUUUUCCCAAACUUGAUGGCACGUGUUCCAGGCCCUCACCAGAGUAUCUUCCAAAGUUUUAGAAAGUUAAAAGAAUUUGUGAUGGAGGUGGUAAGAACCCACCAAGGCACCUUGGAUGAAAAUUGUCCUCGUGACUUUAUAGAUUGCUUCCUCAUAAGGAUGAAAGAGGAUAAAAAUAAUCCAAACACAGAAUUCCAUGAGGAUAACCUACAGGGGACCAUUAUGGACUUAUUCUUUGCUGGAACAGAAACUACAAGUUUGACAAUAAGAUAUGGAUUUCUAAUACUGAUGAAAUAUCCAGAAAUACAAGACAGGAUACACAAGGAGAUUGACAAGGUAAUAGGCAAGGAUCGCUGUCCAGCAAUUGAAGACAAACUCAAAAUGCCGUAUACAGAAGCUGUGAUCCAUGAGAUCCAAAGAUUUGCAGAUAUUGUCCCUGCAGGACUCGCUCAUGCUGCAAGCAAGGACACAACCUUCAGGGGCUACCACAUUCCAAAGGGAACUUUGGUAUUUCCAGUCUUAACCUCCGUUCUAAAAGACCAUAAACAAUUUACAAACCCCUUUAAGUUUGACCCUGGACAUUUUUUGGAUGAAAAUGGUGCCUUUAAGAAAAAUGAUGCCUUCAUGCCAUUUUCUACAGGAAAACGCACAUGUAUGGGAGAAGGCCUGGCCCGCAUGGAACUCUUCCUCUUCUUAACUACUAUAUUGCAAAAAUUUAUCCUAAAGCCCACAGUGGAUAAAGAACAAUUGGACAUCACACCUGAACCCAAAACCAAUGCCUCAAGACCCCGACCAUUUCAGAUGUGCUUUGUUUCUCGAUGAGGAGGUUUUCUCUGGUUUUGUAGCUUGAUCCAAAACCUUUUAAAUUGCUCCAAACAGGAAA